CACUGGACUCAGUGAGAAAAAUUGGCUACUAAGUUAUGAGCUUAACAGAGAGAUUCUUCCUCUCUAGCUUUAGUUCUGAGUAGAGCUAUUCCACGGAUUGCCAUUGACUCAUGUAGAAGUCUGGCUCUUAUUACUUUUAUACCACUAUUUCAACUUCUGCGGCUGCUCGAUAAUAAGAUCGUUACACAACUCAUUUUCCUAUUUCGAUGUUAUACUGGCAAACCUCUUAUACGACUUAGUAUAACAUUUAGAGAAAGUUAACCUGAACUCAGAGAUUGUUUCUCCCAGGAUGGAGCCAGCAAUAAGUGAAGGAGAGAAAGGUCAACCUCAUCAGGAGACCCCCUCACUACCAGAAAACUCAGCCAACACUGGACAUGGUGAGCAAACAGUCACCGCCGACUCUCACACAAAGCCAACAGUAAAUGUGCCUCUUGCAGAGGGCUCAACUGUUCCUCAAAAACGGCCUGCGGAUGACGAAGCCGCCGAGCCUAUGUCCAAGAACGCUCUCAAGCGUUUGAGAAGACAGCAGCAAUGGGAAGCCGGAAAAGAGGAGCGCAAGCAGAAGCGAAAGGAUAGUCGAGUCGCACGCAAAGUCCGCAAGCGUGAAGAAAGAGCAGCACUUAUCGCUCAGGGCAUCGAUCCAAAUGCCAAUAGGCAGCAGAAACCUCCUUCAGUCAAUGUGCCUGUCACACUCAUCUUCGAUUGUGAUUUUGAGCAGUACAUGCGCGAGAAGGAGCUCAUCUCGCUCGGCAGCCAAAUUACCAGGUCAUACUCGGAGAACAAAAAUGCGAGAUAUCGUACACACAUCUUCGUCUCGGACUGGAAUGGGAAACUGGCUGAGCGGUUCCACCAGAUCCUUGAUGACAAACACAAGAAUUGGAAGGGUAUUGACUUUGUGGACGGAGAUUUCAUCGAGUGUGCGAAGCAGGCUCGGGAGAGGAUGAGGGAUCCGAGUGAUCGUGUGAUCGAUCAACUUCAGAGGAGCUUGGACAACAGAAUCCCUUGGGUGAGAGACGAAAAAGACCCUCUCCCCUUGCCUGAUCCCGAGCCUGAGCCCGCUCCCGAGUACCAGGACAUCGUUUACCUGUCAUCAGACUCACCGUACACACUCGAACGCCUCGAACCCAACACAAGCUAUGUCAUCGGCGGCCUCGUCGACAAGAACCGCGAGAAGGGGCUGUGCUACAAACGAGCAAGGGAACGUGGCAUCCGAACGGCUCGGCUGCCUAUCGGCCAGUACAUGGUGAUGCAGAGCCGGACGGUUCUAGCAACAAACCACGUCGUCGAGAUCAUGCUCAAGUGGCUCGAGUAUGAGAACUGGGGCGAUGCGUUUAUGAGUGUCAUCCCUAAGCGCAAGGGCGGUCAUUUGAGAGACCAGAGGGGUGAAUCAGGUGAGGCCGAAGUAGCUGAGAGGCAAGGGGUCGAGGAGCCCGAGGAGGAGGAUCAAGAGAUCAAGGACCCUGAUGCUGAAGAGACCACCCCUCAAACGAGUACCCCUGAAGUCGAAGCUCCCUCAAAGUAGAAAUAUCUGUAUUAGUGCCUUACUGCGCCAGCCAGUUCCAAAAGUAAAUACCAAAUAUACUGUUCAUAAGUCUGUUCCAUCUCAUCUCGCAUCUAAAAGUCCAUGGUUUCAUCCUCCCGCUCCCGCUUGACCUUGACAUCCUUCUCAUCUUUCAUCAAUCCAUUGACAAAAUGUCUGAACUGCUCGAUAUAUGGCUUCAGGCUUGUCUUUUCCCAGUCAGCUGUGCCUUUGCCAUCCUCCUCCUCCUCCCCCUUCCAGGAGUCGAUCUCGGCCAGAAGUUCCUGCACUGUAGGCACACUUAGAGGAUCAAAGUCCUCAAGAUUCUUUGUGUUAAUGGGCACACAAACUCGGCCAGUACCAGGAUGCACGACAAAAGGACUCUUCAGCAAAUGGUUAAGUUUCUUGCUGACUUCAAUAUCCAGUCGGGGGUAGGUGUAUUCUAAGACGAUGUCUUGCUUGGCUUCAAGGAGCUGUCUGGCGUCGAGGUUUUUGCUGGCGCCUGCCUUUGCCACAGCGUCAAUGUCUGCCCAUUUUGAGGCAGAUGCACGUCCUGGAGCGGCAUCCCAUUUCCUUCUGAGUGAUUCGUUGAGAUUCUGGUUUGGGAGAAGCUGCAACAGCUUCUCGGAUUGCUCAGCAGAAGCCCAUGGGUCUUGGACAUCAAGAACGUCUUCUUGGAAAUGAGUUUUCAGGAUUUCCAGACUUCGUCUGCAACGAAUUAGUGUGCCGUCUUCAGAAGGGUGCAGGUCAUGAACUCACGCCAAAUGAGGAUGUAAUGGCCUCCUCACAUUCACCUUCUUUCCGCUCUGUGCACCUCCCUUGACCACCUCAAGAUAGCCUGCAAUUGCUCUUCUCUUCUGAUCGUCCAUGCUUCGAACCUUCUUAUCGCAAACCCAGGCGUGAGCACCUCGUCGUCCCGAGUACACCCACAUGAUGUGCUUGAAGCCAAAGUCUUCCCUCAGCGCAACAUCUACCACUUUAAUAGCCAUUGUCAUGAACUGCCAACACUUGUUGCAGAUGUUGGCCUUGUCACAGCAUGUUCGAAUAUCAUCGUAAUCUGUCAAAUCUAUAUCGAAACAUAGCUCUUUCGCGAGGGGCUUGAAGGCGGAUGAGUUGCGGAGUUGCUUUCGGUCACGGGGAUUGGUGGUGUACACUGGUCCGAUUUCGAAACGAGAUGGCAUUAAUCGGAGAACGUCCUUACGGAGCCUGUAACAAUAUAAGUAUUAAAACGCAUUGAGCUACGAGAUCGCGUACAUAUCGGCAGUAGGGAAGGAUUGGUAUCGGAGGUAGGCGUCGUUCUGGAGAGUGAAAGCGAACUCUCGGUUGCCGAAGUCGUUUGUUGGGGUUGGACUGUGAUUGAGCCACUGAAAUAGGUAUCGCCAUGGGAAUAAUCGCUGAUAGAAGCUUCGCAUGACCUCAGGAUCUGAGGCUGUCAAUGUCAUAGCAUCGCUAUAACCAA